AUGUCUGGAGUUUGGGUAUUCAAAAACGGUGUCGUACGCCUAGACAACGAUCGGGCAACCGUAGAUUAUUCAUUGGUGCACGUCCCAACUGGAGAGGUGAUUUCAUCCUACGCCUCCCUCACCCAGAUACUGUUAGAGCUUGGAUGGAAACCAUACGACAACGGCAAUUCCGAGCUCUUGCAGUUCGCUAAAGACUCUGGUUUCAUUUCACUUCCUAAGAAUUUCAACAAGUUUAAAGGUGUCUCCAAGGCUAUGGUUGUCACCAAUAAUCCUGGUGUCUUCAAGCUCGUCCAAGAGACUAAUGAGCAGAAAGAGACUACUGCUGCUGCUGAGGACUCUAGCUAG